AUGCGAGAAGGGGGCAGUCCAUUCGCACAAAGCGAGUGCUGCCCGGACAUGGGAGGAUUUGUGGAUGGACAGGGAUGCAUAGAGAACAAGAAUUGUACAGACUCAUGCGAAAAACCGAUACAGAUGGAUGGACCUAAAGGGUGCUUCCUGCGUAAAACAGAAAAACCAUCCGUAUAUUUUGACGGAAAUGCAAACAUAGAGCGCCCAUGCGCGCCAGGGACGCUGUUCAAUGAACAAGCGUGUACAUGCGUGCAAGACGUCUCCACUGCGGUUCCUAUCAGCCAGCACAGAACCGCGAUACCAAACCGUCCUAUCAACUGUGACACAAAGAGCACGCAGCAGCCGUCGUUUGAGGUGUCCAUCGACACGCUGUACCACGAGGUCAUAUUCAAGGUCGACACCUAUACAGGAGUCGCCAAGAAGUUUAAAAUAAUGUACAAUCACAACACGUGGACAGAAGUGGACGUUAUAUAUGACGGAGAAAGAAUUGUGGGCGCGGUGGACCGGCGACCGAGAAAUAUGUUUGCUGCAGGUGGGAUCGAGACCCGUCCCUACCCCAUUAGUGUCGGCUCCUGCAGUAGGUCCUCUGGCUUCAAGGGACUCAUGGACGAUGUUAACAUGUACGAGGAUUGUGUCCCUGACGAGAUGUACGGCAUAUUCAUGUCCGUCUUGGAAUAGUUCCUCUCUGAAUAACAUACCGCUGAAAUGAAGAAAACGGUUAUAGGUUAUAUUAAACAUUUCUAGCUGUUCUAUACCGAGUUUAACGCUUUGUAUAUAUUUACAUGAUCGCACAUUAUAUAUAACUUAUUUAAUAAU